AUGCCUAAUUCUUUUCGCAAAAUCGUAAUAACGUACCACCUUUUAGGCACUGACAGCGUUCAACUUCGCCACUAUGUCUUCGACAUUAGCGAUGAAGGAGCUCUUGAACGUGCCCUACAAGGUUGUACAGCCGUUGUGCAUUGUGCUCAUGCCCCAAUUCCAUGGAAGUACCAGAAUAAGAAGGAAACCGAAGAGAUGUGGAGAGAUAAUCUCACUAGUAAGCUUUUUCCCUUUACUUUAUUGCAGAAAAGUCGCUUACCUUGGUAUUUUGCUCUCGUGCAAUCAAAAAUCGAAAUUGUCCAUUCGUUUUUACUUUGGAGUUUAUGA